AUGAUGGAUCUACCGCUGGAUGAUGAGACUCUGCAGCGUGUGUACGCUUGGAUCGACGAAAUCCCGCUUUCGCGGCCAAAGAAGAGCAUUGCUCGUGAUUUUAGCGAUGGAAUAUUAGCAGCCGAAGUGGUUGCCUUCUACUUCCCGAAGCUCGUGCAGAUGCACAACUACAGUGCUGCCAACUCGAUCAAGCAGAAGCAGUAUAACUGGAACACGCUAAAUCGGAAGGUGUUCAGGAAGCUCCACAUUUCGCUAUCCAAGGAGGAUAUUGACGACCUGGUGCAGUGUCAAUCAGGCGCAAUUGAGCAUUUGCUAGUAAAGCUGCAGGUUAAGAUUGCCAAUUACCGCGAGAAGCGGCCGUCGUCUUCGCCAGUACCUCAAGUACCGCGGCAAGUGAGCGACAACGCCAAUGAUACUAGCAGCGUUAUUUCCGGAAACACAGCAGUAGCUGGCACAGUAGCCAACGGAAGUCCUAUCUGUGGAAGCAACCGUGCAAUGCAUUCUCCGGUUGACAACCCCAGUGACUCGCGUGGUGAAAUGUUGACACCAAUGCGAGAAUUGUUAAUGCAGGACGGCGACGACGUGAAUAGGUUCAUGGAGGCACCAGUAGCACCUGUUCAUCCCAUGGAUUCCAUCGGAAAAUCGUACACAUCAAGCAACGAGAGUUCAAAGAGCGAGCAUGUACGUCAAGAACUGGCUGAGAAAGACAGCGUUAUCGCAGAGCUUCGCGAGACUGUCCAAAUCCUGGAGAUGAAAGUACAGAAACUCGAGCAGCUUGUGCGACUCAAAGAUGGCAAAAUUCAAACUCUCGUCGCCAAGCUACGUUCUCAAAAACCACAGACAUGA